AUGCGUGGGGUGAUGCUGACUGCAACUCGCAGGCUUGUAAAUUUUCACCCUGGGAAAUUAGCAACAAAGCCCGAUCUGUCUUGUGGCUGCUUUGCACUUUCCGAGGGCGGCUGUUACUUGACUGAGCUGCAGAACAGGCACCCGCGAGCGAGCGAGGGAGCCAGCGAGAGAGGGAGGGAGAGAAGGAAAGGGAGAGGAGAGGGGAGGGGUGGGGGCGAGAGGUAAAUAGUCUUAAAUCGGAAGGGAGCUGCUUCUCUGUGGUCUUGACAAGCGCUGCCUGGGCUCCGCCGGCUCAGUAAUAACUGAGUGACCUUUUCUUGGGCUGUAUUAGGUCUGGCUGGGAAGGGAUUGCAUUUUGCAGCUGAGAGCCGGGGCUGCUUCAGCUCGGCUCCUCGCGUGCUGCCGGGGUAAGUUGUGUUGAGCCAGGACAGAAAGAGAGACAGCUUCGACUGCAGUUGCCUAAAAGGAGGACACCUGUGGCUCAGAUGCGGUCAACACCAUUGCUCGGCGGAUCCUGGAGGACCUCAUUAUUUUAAACUUAAAAAAAAAAAAAAAAAGAUUCCUCCCUCCCCCUCCUUUUUUUUUUUUUUCAAACAAUGCUUCUUUUUGACCUUUCCCAAGGAGAAGAGCUACAAAGCAGCCACUGUGCUUUCUGAACGGCCUCCCCCUGUAUCGCUUAAUUGAGAAGGUAUACAAAUGCUCUCAGUCCAGCCAGACACCAAGCCGAAAGGUUGUGCUGGCUGCAACCGAAAGAUCAAGGACCGGUAUCUGCUAAAGGCAUUGGACAAAUACUGGCAUGAGGACUGCCUGAAGUGUGCCUGCUGUGACUGCCGUUUGGGAGAAGUGGGUUCUACCCUGUACACAAAAGCUAACCUUAUCCUUUGUCGCAGAGACUAUCUGAGGCUCUUCGGAGUAACGGGAAACUGUGCUGCUUGUAGUAAGCUCAUCCCUGCCUUUGAGAUGGUGAUGCGCGCUAAGGACAAUGUUUACCACCUCGACUGCUUUGCAUGUCAGCUUUGUAAUCAGAGAUUUUGUGUUGGAGAUAAAUUUUUCCUAAAGAAUAACAUGAUCCUUUGCCAGACGGACUACGAGGAAGGUUUAAUGAAAGAAGGUUAUGCACCCCAGGUUCGCUGAUCUAUCAACAUCACCCCAUUAAGAAUACAAAGCACUACAUUCUUUCAUCUUUUUUUGCUCCACGUGUAUAUACGAAUUGACACGGGAACCAACUGAAUAGCGUAGAUAUAGGAAAGCAGGAUGGUUAUAUGGAAAAAAAGGCGGACUGCAUCUGUAUGUAGUGAAAUUGCCCCAGUUCAGAGUUGAAUGUUUAUUAUUAAAGAAAAAAGUAAUGUACAUAUUGCUGGAUUUUUUUGCUUGCUAUUCGUUUUUUUGUGUCACUUGGCAUGAGAUGUUUAUUUUGGACUAUUGUAUAUAAUGUAUUGUAAUAUUUGAAGCACAAAUGUAAUACAGUUUUAUUGUGUUACCAUUUGUGUUCUGUUUGCUUCUUUGUAUUGUUGCAUUUAGUACAAUCAGUGUUUAAACUUACUGUAUAUUUAUGCUUUCUGUAUCUACCAGCUAUUUUAAAUGAGCUGUAACUUUCUAGUAAAGAAUUGAAGAUCAAAUCUCACUAAUAAUACGUAUAGAUUAAACAAGUCUAUCAUCAUUAAAAAUACAGAAAAAGAAAGACACACAAAGCAUUUUAGCAACAUCCACUAGUAUUGCCGCUAUAAUUUAGAGUCUUUAUCAGUGUUCUCAUUUAUAACCCCCUAUUUUCAGGGGGUUAAAGAUCAGCUUUAAAAUAAUGCAUAAAAAUUUCAUCUUAAAGCACUUUCAUUUUUUACCAACGUGAAAAGUGCCAUUUUUAGAAUAACGUUAAAGCUUAACAGUUUUCCUUUUAAUAUCCUUUUUUGUGCUCUUUACCUAGUCAAUGGUUUUGUUUUGUUUCCUUCAGCGCCAUUCACCCCUUAUGUGAACUAGUGCCUUUGGGUAUCAUUUAAAAUUUUCCAAAGGGUUACUUUAAAAAAGUGUUACUGCAAUUAUGAGAUAAUCUUAAAAUGAUAAAUUUCUUGUGCAAAUUUUGCCCAGACCUCUCCAUAAGAGCUAAGGGUAUAAUAACAUUAUGGCUUGAAGCAUCUCUGGCACUAAAAGGUUUUGAGUGUGAAUCUAUUGAAAUCGUGAUAAUGCACAUUGAAGCUAGGAUGAUAUUUGAGGAUUGAAGUCACUUUUGAUCAGAGCAACGUAGUGCUCACAGAAUCUUCUAGAAGAAGAGAAACAAAGGGAUUGAUAAAGAGCUGAGAACUGGUGAUUAUAUAUUUUUCUGUAUUUACCUGCCACUUAUUUUAAUGUUCCAAAGUGAACACUUUCAAAGUUUGAUGUAUCUUACUCUUCCUUGCUUUCUCUAAGUAAUUACCAUUCAGAAUUGAUCACACUUAGGCUGAAAUCUGUCAUUCCAUUUUUGAAAGGUGAAAAAUUAAUCCCUUACCUACAUGAUAGCUGAUAAAGAGGAAAGCUUUCUAGAAAGAAAAAUUAUGGAGACUGAUUAUUUAAAUUACAAUUAAGGAAAUAAAGAUGAAACUGUGUUCCCUUCUUCUGGGUUGUUCACACUUUGCUUCUUUGCUUCUGCUCCCUGUAUUCAAACUAUUCAACAGACCUAAUUCCAUAACAGGCACAAUGAAGCAUAUUUUACUAGAGCAAAUUUUAGUUCUGUGGGCUUUCUUUUUUUUUUUUAUAUUGAUCACUUGUAUAGGAAACAAUAUUUCCCAGUGUUAGUUGCAUCCCUACUUUGUACUGCUGAAUAUGCACUGCAGAUGAAAGUUAAAUGUGAUACCUGAAUUCUUGAUUUGGGGCCAAAAUAUUAAACUGAAAAUAACUCUGGUGUGGAUUUGAGUUGUUUUAAAACAAAGCUUUACUAUGAACAUGCAUGUGGAUCUGGAUAUCGCCUCUCAUUUUUAGGAAGAUGGUUCUGUGAAAAGUGAACGGUAUGUAUUUUUACAAAGGAUUCAUGGUUAACAGUGUUCAAGUCAUGUGUCUUCCAAAUUUGAGAUAUACCCCAGAGAUGUUUCAAAAAUAGCAGUAUGCGGUCCACAAAAUUAUUAUUUUAGCCUUAGAAACUUAAACAUUUGUUUCAUGAAAAGACUUGCAUAGCCAAAACCAAAAAGAAACAAAACUGAACAAACGGGGGGAAGGUGGGGGAGAUAUGUGAAAAGUGGUUUUACUAAAGCAGCCCUCCUAGUCCCCAUUAAGAGCUGUUUGAAAUUCAUGUGUAAAAUUCGAAUUGUCAGUAUCUUUUUGCAAAUGAUCUUUUUUAUAUUUAAAUGCUUUUGCGUAUGUUUAUCAAUAUGUCAAAAUACUUGUAAAUUGGAAACAAACUUCUCUCAGCUUCUUGAAGCUGUUCCAUUAUUCCUGCUACCCAAAGACCAAACAAGGUUUUUACUGCCUUUUCUUUUGCUUAAUCCUUUGGGAGUUCAUUCUUAUGCUUUUUCUAUAAACAAAAUGACUCACCUGGAUUAAAGAUUAAGGCCUUAAUCUCCUUAGAUUAUCUUUAAUCUCCAUAAAAUGGUGGAACAAGAUAGAAAUAGGCCAUCUGACAGCUAAUUGCCUGAAAAUAGUAGCAUUUUUGACCUGAAGUACUAAGCUUAUUGUCUUGACUCCUCAGAGUCCCUGAACUGUUGUCAACUUUCCUCUUCGUGUUGUGUAACCCUGACGUCAUUUAGCUUAUUGUCUGAAGGCUCCAGUAGGACUCCUCCGAUGGAGCUUUGGUUUCCCCAAGCAGCGAAAGCUGCCUACGUGCAUCUCAUGUAGACUGACUGUGAUGAAGGACCACGCUCCUCCACCCACCAGAGUGCUGGCUGAGUUGAAAAGCUGACCUGUGUUUGUAAUUUCACUUCCAUCUUGCUUAAUAAAUAUCUGCUGGCUUCUUUCAUUCACUUUUUUAUAUUUGGAUUUAUGUUUUUAAUAACAGGGGGAUCACACUA